UUGCUCGUCUAUUUCCGCCUCUUUAGGGCCAACACAGUGCAAACAAGGCGUGACAACUACACUUCCGUGUCAAAGCCGUCUGUCUUUAUCCACGGCCUUCGGGGGUGCAUUCCCAUCUCGGAGGCGAAUGGCGCCAAAGAGGCUGUGCUUAACGAGACGGCUGCGUCAAGCUGGACACUGACGUGUCGGAAGACGACUGCAACUCGAGUCGAUCUGACAAUUCCAGUCGAUCAACAGUUGCUCGGUUCCAGGAGCAAAGACAUGACGGAGCCGUCAUAA